AACCGGGGAGGGUUAGGGACGCUUUCUGGGUGUUGGUAUGAAAGAGAAAGUCCCUUACAUCCACUGCGGGGUGACCGGCUGCUUCGCCUCAAGUUGAGCGCAUGUCUGCGGAAUCGUUUUUUAUCACCAGAUGAUUAAGGACAGCAUCAUUUUGUCCAUGGAAGUAUUCAGUGGGGUGCAAAGAAUGCUUUAAGAAGUCCCGUCGAGCCUAUCGAGCCCAAGAGAAGCUCGAAAUCAUCGAUAUUCUCAAUUCACACGCGCCAAGAACUUUCUACCAUGGUGCUUCUCAAGGACAAGCCCGAAUACGUUGACCUCGACGUCGACUUCAAGCCUCUCCCCAAGCAUGGCCACCUCUCAGAGAAAACGCCCGAGUUCGUUGCAGCCGAGCCUGCCAUCGCGGCCGCUUACGACCAACUCUGGGCACUACCCGAUUUCGUGGCGCUUCGCCAAGCGGCGGGCGACGCCGAUGCCCCGAUGCCUCCUGGCGGGCCCGAUAGAUAUCGCGAAGUCACGACUGAGCUGCUACAGUUCCCCGCGCGGGACGGCCAUAUGAUCGAGCUGAAAAUUUACAAAUCUCCAAAUGUUUUUCAGGGUGCUACGCUGGUUUAUCGUAUGCAUGGCGGUGGCCAUGUGGUUGGAGGACAUGAGAUAGACGGCGCGGAGAAUAUCUAUGCUGCCACGAAUCCAAACAUCGUUGUCGCGAGUGUUGCAUAUCGACUAGCCCCUGAGUUCCCCUUUCCAACCCCGGGCAAUGAUUGCUAUGAUGGCUUGUUAUGGUGUAAGAAGAACGCGAAAACCCUUGGAAUCAACCCGGAGAAGAUUAUCGUUGCCGGAAGCAGUGCCGGAGCCAAUCUUGCUGCCGCUCUAGCUAUCAUGGCUAGAGACGAUGGAAUCACCGGAAUCAUCGCUCAAGUUCUCCAUUUCCCGUCACUUUGCCAUCCCAAGUUCUUUCCCCGAGAGAAGUAUGAGUUCGGUAGCUACAUCCAGAACGCUUUCAACUGCGUCCUAGACAUCCUCAGAAAUGAAGCUUUCCUCGACGCAUACAAUCCCAAUGCCAAUCCCGACCACAGACACUCGCCCCUACUUGCGGCGUCACACGCGAAUCUUCCACCAGCAUUGAUACAAUGUGCCGGUGUUGAUAUCUACCGAGACGACGCUUUCGCGUACGCCGAGGCCCUCGAGGCCGAGGGUGUGGAAGUCGAGAUAUAUGGUUACAAAGGCGUACCCCAUUGUUUCCCUGCUGUCAUCAUGACCCAUCCUAGCACGCCGGUCUUUUACGAGAGGUACAAUGCUUUCUUGAAGAAAUAUGCGACUAGCUCUGGUAAAGGGAAAUGAGAUGUGAGCUAUUUUUUUCGGGGAGAGCCGUAACUAAAUUGAGUGUUAUUGCCCUUUCGGGAAAGGGGGGGGUUGUUAGUGUCCG